AUGGCUGCGAUGGUGAGAGAUGCGGUAACAAGCGCCCAGAGCUUGAACUUUCAACAAGAGAUUACCCACUCAACAGUAGUUUUGCAGCUAGAAACCAAACUGCCACUCGAUCUGCAACGAGAAUGGGGAAGGACAGCAUAUUCACUGCGACCAAAAACCGCAACCUUAGCAGACUAUGAUAAGUGGAUAGACGGAGUCAUUGGAGCAGAGGAAUCAAGAGGUACUAAUUUCCUUAUCCAAAACAACAAAUCAUCGUUUGCUCAACCACGCCAGAAUCAGUACAACGGUCCAACCAUGUUGUACACAAAUAUGGAAGAGGUACGGAAAGAAAAUGUAUGCCAAAUAUGCCGCGCCGAUCCAGGACACAGGCUUGAAGCGUAUCUCAAAUUCCGUUCAAAAACGCCAACCGACCGAGCCAAGGACUGUGCCAAGUUUGGUCAUUGCUUUCGCUGCCUAGGACGCGACCAUUUUUCCCGUUCGUGCAAGAAGAACAUUACCUGUUCAGUAGAAGGAUGUGGAAAGCGGCAUCAUACAUUGAUUGAUGGAGCUGAGCUGGUCGCAAAGGGAACCUUCGGAGCACAAGGUAUGAAUAAAUCUACUAUCUUUGUCGGCUCAUGUCUAUCGUCAGCAUCGAAAGCAGUAUUAUUAGCAAUUGUUCCAAUGGUAGCAAAGAGUAAAGAAAAGGAAUAUCUCACUUUUGCCUUGCUUGACCCCGGAAGUGAAGCUACUAUUAUCACUAAUCAUCUUGCAGAUAAACUUGGUUUAUCAGGAAAAACAGCGAAUGUGCGAUUUGGUACGUUUAGAAGGUCAGAAGAAAUGGAUACAAGAGUAGUGUCGUUCUCGAUUAAGUCGCUCGACACCACGGUAAAAAUGGAGGUGGACAAGGCCUAUACAGUUCCCGAAAUUAAGCUGUCAAGACGGAACAUUGACUGGCCAAACAUCAAGCAUCGCUGGCCACACCUGGAAAACCUCGAGCUUCCUGUAACAAAUUCUUCGUUAGUUGAAAUACUGAUCGGAAUGGAUAUUGACGUAGCACACGUACAGCUGGGAAGUCAAAAACCCACCGAUGGAUUUGAAGGCCCUCGUGCCGUGUUGACUCCAUUCGGAUGGAUUGUUGUAGGCAAAGUGUCAUCUUGCCUUUUACAAGGACCCAGCCGUUGGCGAAGUAUUCAUUUUGGUACAUCACAGGAAGUUGAUGUGUCCCUCGCCGAUACAGUUCAACAAUUUUGGUCCACGGAAUCGUUUGGAACUAAUCCUGAUGUGGGAAAGGUAAUACCUGAAGAAGAUGCCAGAGCCCUCAAGAUAUUGGAGUCAUCAAUCACCAAUUUGGGCUACCGGUACCAAGUCGAUAUACUUUUCAAAAAACCUGACACCCGGCUGCCAAAUAAUAGGACAGCGGCGCUUAAACGUCUGUUCUCUGUGGAACAGCGUCUCUUACGCAAUCCAAGCUACGCCGAAAAAUACGUCAAAAUCAUCAAGAGUUAUUUACCCGACGGGUACGCAACGAAAGUAACGUACGACGAAAAAGACAAACCGGAGGGAAAGGUAUGGUACCUGCCACAUCAUUUCGUUGUAAACCCCAACAAACCCGAAAAAUUGAGGGUUGUUUUUUAUGGCUCCGCGAAAUACGAAGGUGUAUGUUUAAAUGGCGUCUUAUUACGAGGUCCUGUAUUAUUAUCAAGUUUAGUGGGAGUACUGCUUAGAUUCCGGCAACGGCCCGUCGCCAUCUCCGUUGACAUCGCUAGCAUGUAUCAUCAAGUAAAAGUAAACCCACGAGAUCAAUCGUUCCUUCGUUUCGUAUGGCGCGAUCCUGGUUGCCGGCAUCCACCUACAACGUUCCAGAUGACAGUACAGGUUUUUGGUGCGGUCUCGUCACCCACUUCAUGCCUUUUCGCCCUGAAAUAUGCAGUUGAAAACAAUCGCGGCAAGUUUCCAGAUGUUGCUGAUAAACUAAAAGACAAUUUUUAUGCAGAUAAUUUAAUCGAUUCAUUCGACACCAACGAACAAGCCAUCGCGUUCUCAAAAAACGCCAUUACGUCAUUAUCCCAAGGAGCCUUCAGAUUAAAUCAAUGGAUCUCGUCAUCAAAGGAAAUAAUGUCAACAAUUCCUGUCAGCGAGUGGUCAGACCCAAGCUUAAACCUCGACCUAGAUGACCUUCCUAUAGAAAGAACGCUAGGCAUGAUUUGGAAUUGUCAACUAGACACUCUCCAGAUAAAAACGCGUAUGGUCAGAACAGUUAACACGAAAAGAGAUAUGCUUGCAGCCAUGUCCAGCAUUUUUGACCCCCUUGGAAUCCUAUUGCCAGUCACGAAGAAGCCAGAAAACCUAGGCAAAAGUCUUUUACUUCUGUUGAAGGGACCAGCAACCAGAGUAACAUUUGCGAUAUUGAAACGCAAGACAACAUUGAUCUUGAUAUUAGCCCAAGAAUUGCAGAUGAAAGAGAGGCACUCAGAACUUUUCGCUAAUAAUUCAAUUCAUAUAGGGAAAGAUGUGCUACAGGAGAGACUGAAAAAUGCUUGCGAGGAAUACUUAAUUGCUAAGCAGCUUCUGCUAAGUCAGGCAGAAGAGGAAAAGAAAAAAAAACAAUGA